AUGGCGCUCGGCGGGGUCGGUCGCGGCGGCGCGGCGCGAGCCGCCUGGCCGCGGCUGCUGGUGGUGGCGGCGGCGGCGGCGCUGGCGCUGGCGGGGCCGGCGCUGCCCGAGGUGCUGUUCCGUUGCCCGCCUUGCACGGCGGAGCGCCUGGCCGCCUGCCCCCCGGCCGCCCGCCCGCCCUGCCCCGAGCUGGUCCGGGAGCCGGGCUGCGGCUGCUGCCCGGUGUGCGCCCGCCUGGAGGCCGAGGCGUGCGGCGUCUACACGCCGCGCUGCGCCGCCGGCUUGCGCUGCUACCCGGACCCCGGCGCCGAGCUGCCCCUUCAAGCCCUGGUGCAGGGGCAGGGCACCUGCGCCCGCCGCCGCGACACGGCCGAGUACGGCGCCAGCGCCGAGCGCCCCGCAGACAACGGCGACGACCGGUCCGAGAGUAUCCUUGCUGAGAACCACGUGGAUGGCACCCCAGGGAUCCUGAGUGGAGCGAGUGGGAGGAAGCCCAUGAAGACAGGCAUGAAGGAACUGGCAGUUAUGAGGGAGAAGGUGAACGAGCAGCAGCGGCAGAUGGGCAAAGUCGGCAAGUCCCAUCACAACCAUGAAGACUCCAAGAAGUCUCGGCUGUCUACAGGCAGGACUCCUUGUCAGCAGGAGCUGGAUCAGGUCCUGGAACGCAUCUCCACUAUGCGGCUGCCAGAUGAGCGAGGUCCCCUGGAGCACCUCUACUCCCUCCACAUCCCCAACUGUGACAAGCAUGGCUUGUACAAUCUCAAACAGUGCAAGAUGUCGGUGAACGGGCAGCGUGGCGAGUGCUGGUGUGUGGACCCCAUCCACGGGAAGGUGAUCCAGGGCGCACCCACCAUCCGCGGGGACCCCGAGUGCCACCUCUUCUACACAGCCCACGAGCAGGAGGACCGGGGAGCACAUGCCCUGCGGAGCCAGUAG